GUGCGCAUGCGCGGCAGAGACAAAGUGCUGGCGGCCCAGAAUCAUGGCUGCAAAGGGCUUCGCUUCGCGUCUCAGGGACUCGCGGAGGUUUCUGAAUGGCUUCUUGGCCGGGGCUGUAGUGGGCGCCGCAGGAGCAGGGCUGACGGCGCUGCAGUUCCUCCAGCGUCGGGACGCGGGGUCCGCGAGGCCGGCGAGGCAGCCGCACGAAUCUGUAGAAAAAGUUGUCUUGGAACAGUUUGGAUUUCCUUUAACUGGAACAGAGACCAGGCGUUACACUAACCAUGCCUUGUCGUAUGAUCAGGCAAAGCGGGUGCCCAGAUGGGUUCUUGAACAUAUAUCCAAGGACAAGAUCAUCGGUGACGCGGACAGAAAGCAUUGUAAAUUCAAGCCGGAUCCUACUGUCCCUUCAGCCUUCAGCGCCCUCAAUGAAGACUAUAUUGGAAGUGGCUGGUCACGAGGCCACAUGGCCCCAGCAGGAAAUAACAAGUUUUCCAGUGAAGCCAUGGCAGAAACCUUUUACCUUUCUAACAUCGUGCCUCAGAAUUUUGAGAAUAAUUCCGGCUACUGGAAUAGGAUAGAAAUGUACUGCCGUGAGCUGACGGAGAGAUUUGAAGAUGUUUGGAUAGUAUCGGGACCUUUAACCUUACCUCAUACUAGAAACGAUGGAACGAAGACAGUUAGUUACCAGGUGAUCGGUGAGGACAAUGUGGCAGUCCCCUCACACCUUUACAAGGUAAUCCUGGCUCGCAGAAGCCCAGAAUCUACCGAACCACUGGCACUGGGGGCCUUUGUGGUACCAAAUAAAGCCAUCGGGUUCCAGUCCCAGUUAAGCGAGUUCCAGGUGAGCCUCCAUGACCUGGAGAAGAUGUCAGGCCUGGUGUUUUUCCCCCAUCUGGAUAGAACCAGGGACAUCCGGAACAUUUGCUCUGUGGACACCUGCAAACUCCUGGGGUUCCAGGAGUUCACUCUGUACCUGAGCACAAGGAAGAUCGACGGAGCCCGGUCUGUGGCCAGACUGGAGAAGGUUCUGGAAGCUUUGAAGAGCUCUGGGGUGGAACCUGACGAUUACUUCCUGAGUCGCUAUGGGAAAAAGCUGGAGGAACUGAAGGCUAAGGAGCAGAAGGACGCCCAGCUGGAAAAGCAGUCCUAGCGUCUGUCUGGGUAUGCGCUCAGCAUCUGAGAUGAACAGCCAAGCCCUCUCUGGGCAGAGGCAUUUUCAAGAAAUGAUGGAAUCCUGACCAAAACCCACUGGCUCAAAACUCAGUGUUGUUUUCCUCCCCUAGGACCGGAGUUGGCUGAGGUGGUUUUAAAACUCUCUUCUCUCCGAUUUGCAUUUGCAUGCUUCUUCUCUCAUGGCCUUGAGAUCCUGCAACCGAGCAUCAGAUGACUGCUCCUCCCCUGUGCAAACCCUGCUGUUCCCAUCUUAUCUGUGGGGAAGACGAGGCUCAGGGAACUGUGUCCCCCAUUGGUGUUCUACAGCAGUCUCCCGGGUGCCUCAGAGUUAAGACAAAGUAGAUGGGGGUUUGAAGGCUGUUUCUGGUGCCAAGACCCUCCUGGUGAGAAGGGUCUGUCUCCUCAGAAGAGUGAGCACGUCAUCUCUGUGGGAAGAAACAGCGGGUCUUUGAAAGAUGGAGAUACCUCGUGGGUUUAACCAGAGCCUGUGGUUCCCUCCAGGGAUCACGUGGUGCCAGAUAAGUGCGUUUCUUGCUUCAUGGGGGCCUUUCUAAGGGAGCGCAAGAAAGGUGUGUCCCGAGAGUCUUCGGGUACCUCUGUUCUUUCCUGCUAUCUGCUGGGCCAGCACACCACAGGUAGGUCUAGCCUGGGCCCUAGCUCCAAAGCAGUUCAUUCCCAGGGGAAAGAGCAGCUGCUCUCUGUGCUGACUUCUGCAAUGCUGUAUACAGAUCUUGAGCUGUCCUGAGUAUGCUCGGCCCAAUAGCUUCCGGGCAGAAGGACUUGUCUGAAUCUGCCACUCUGCCUCUGUCUUCUGAGCAGUACGAGAGUGAUCUUUGUGGCGUUGUGUUUGCCUCUGAUGGAAAUGCCAUGGCUUUACAAUAAAGACAAGAAGGCAGUGGCUGGCCCUGUUCUGCUCCUUCAUUUGGAUAAAAAGAAACAAUCGGGUGUAGGACACAGUGGCUGAUUAAUGCCAUUCUGUUUUAUCUUCCUGUUCCCCACUAACUUGUGCCAGUCCUUCUGAGGAUAGAAAGCCAAAAUGUCACUGUGACCAAAAAAACCUGUUACUUUCUCUCCUCAAAAAAGAGGUGAUGGUGGGGCCUGAGCGCUUCUCCAGGAGCCCUGGGAAGGAAGCUGGGGCUCCUCCUGACUGUGUCCCAGGUUCCCACCAUGUAUCCAUGCAGCCGAGCCCCUCUCUCGUGGCCGUGCUCCCCUCUGCUGACCUGACUUGCCAGUGGCCUUGGACUUACUUCCCAUGCUUUCCCCGCUCAGGAAGAAUCUUGUCUGACUUCAUCAGUAAGUUUUAGAAGCUUGGGAUUUGAUUUCCUAUGAAAGAUGCUACCUGGUCAUUGUGAGACAGAGAUCAGAACAAACCAAAAAGACAGUGUGCCUGACCAUUUUUUAUUUUAUUUUUUAUUUGAAUCUGUGUCUUUAUGAGUGUUUUGCCUGUUUGCAUCUAUGCAUACCAAGUACCCGAUGCCCACAGAAGAGCUCAUUGAAUAUCCUGGAAAUGAUUCCCAGAUGGUUCUGAGCCACCAUGUGAAUGCCGGGUUCUCUACAGCGAGUCGGGGUCCUCUGCGAGAGCAGCCAGUGCUCUGAAGCCCCGCCCUCGGUGUUUAGGUGUGAAAUGUAGUGCAUUGGUAACAACACUGAUGCUUGAAUUGUCUGUGAACAUUUCCAUUAAAAGUGCCCAGCACAAACACUUGGAAUUUCCUCUAGCUCGGGUCACUGUGGCCCCUUUGGUGUGGCUGUCCUUUAAGAGCCCUGGGCCAGUACCAGAUGUGUCAGAGACAAACGCCGUAACCUGCCAAACCUGAAUGGGGUCACUACCCGUUUGCUACCUCAGUGGGUUCCCCUCAGGUUCUUGGGCCGAGCCUGGAUCACUGCCUUCUGGGUCAUUUACCCUUCCAGUUCCUGGUCUGGAGAAAUGGCCAUGCUGGGUGGGCUCCGCUGUGGGAAGUCCCUGGCUGUGGGUAGGGGAUUUAAUCCUUAAUCUUUCUUUUUUUUUAAAAAGAUUUAUUUAUUUAUUUAUUUAUUUAUUUAUUUAUUUAUUUAUUUAUUAUAUGUGAAUACACUGUAGCUGUCUUCAGACACACCAGAAGAGGGCAUCAGGUCUCAUUACAGGUGGUUGUGAGCCACCAUGUGGUUGCUGGGAAUUGAACUCAGGACCUCUGGAAGAGCAGUCAGUGCUCUUAACCGCUGAGCCAUCUCUCCAGCCCCAGUCUUUUUUCUAGUGACAUCUUCAAAUUCUUUGAUCUCUGGACUAAGGCUGUUGGCUAAAGUUGAAUACAGCAAAGGAAGGCCUUACUAAAAGUUAGAGAGCUCAGGGGUAGCACCCCACUCCACUCCCACCCCAAGCUAUGCGCUACCAUUUCUGCACUUAACUUCUAAACAGCAGAAACCUGUCUUCUUUGGCCUUUGAUUAGUGCCCAGCAGGAGAGGCAGUCUGCUCUUGAGGGAAUGGCUUCCUGCAGAGCUGCGCUCAGUUUGCAGCCCAACACUGGCAUGAUCCUCUGUGUUGCCAUGUCACCUGUGUGCCCUGCCCCAUCUCUGAGGGUAUUGUUGAGCUUCCUCCGUUCAUGGCAGACUUCCUGUUAACAGCUGGUGGAUGGGUAGGAUGUAACGUGUGCCUCACCAACACAUUCCCAGCCUGUGCAGCUUUGAAAGCUGUGAGUUCUUGGGAGGGGAGGCCUGACUGGUGGAAGUAGGUCAGGAGAAGCAGGCUUUGAAGGUCAACUCCCCCCCCCCCCCCCUGGUUCUGGCCUGUGUGCUUUGCCUCCUGUCUGCCACUGUGUAAACACCUUCCACCUCACUGCUCAAACCUCGGGAGACAGCCAUUCCUGUUGUGGUGCCUCCCACGCCAUGGUGAACUGGAGUCCCAGCACCAUCAGCUCAAAUAAACCCUUCCUGC